AUGUCACCUCCUCCCUACCGCCUACAUCCCCCCCAGCCCCUCCUCUCCCUUCCCGUAACUAACCACAUAGUCACCAUGACCACCCACACCACCACCACACUCCUCGCCUUCACGGCAACGUCGCCGGCAUGGCCCACCACGCCCGCCCUCACCACCAUCAAUCUCGGGCGCGACAUCGCCAUGGAAGUCCUCGCCACAGAGGCAAAUCAAGACCGCCUUCGGGCACAUCAAGAUCGCCUUCGGGCACUACAAGAAGGAGAGGCUACGGCCGACGAGCUCAAGGAGCUCGAGACGAUUUCCGGUGAGUUGUUGCUUUGCGUGCAGCGAUUUGAAGCGUUUUUGGCGAGAUGGGAUGGGGAGGUUUUGGGGUUGGGUUUGGAAGAGGGGGGGAUGGAGGAGGAGAUGGAGGAGGGUGAGAUUGAGGAAGGGGAGGUGAAGGAGGACGAGAUGGAGGUCGACAAAGAUUCGCCUUCACCACCACCACACGGGCCCGAGCGCCCCCAACGCCUCGACCCCGCCGCCAUCGCCGCCAUCAGCGUAGGCGACAUCGGAUGGGCGCCACUCCCCCGCAUGGCAGCCACCUCGCGCGACUGGUUCAUCCAGUCCGCGUACGGCCAGAUCUGCAUCAAGGUCUACCCGUUCAUCAUCGUCAAGAAGAUGAACGACUGCAUGAUCGGCAUGCCCAUCACAACCGCCGGAGGCAACGGCCUCACCAACAAGACUCCGUCGCUUCGUGCGCGCAGCACGUAUGUCGUUGGAGCCAAUUUCCGCGGGAAGAACGAUGUCCCUUAUGGAUGGGGCAUGGGGCCCGCAAAGAUGAAUCUGGAGGUGGACCAGACGGCGGGGGCGUACGAGCCUCGUUCUGGCGCCUUUGUGGACGUGUUGGACACGUACCAGAUCCCGUACAACGCGAGGUGGAAGAAAGAGGGGCGCCUGACGCAUGCUAGUCGGGUGAACUUGGGUCGGAUGAGGCACGCGGUGCUGGAGAAGGAUGCGCUUCGUGGUGAGGUUUGA